GGGGAAGGGAGGGAGGGCUUUGCGACAAGCCGUAAAGCGGAGGAGCUUGCGUCGUCGCCGGCGGAGCGACGCUGGAAGCGGAGGAAGGAGAAGCGGCGGCGGGGCUUUGCCCACUGGCCAGUUUGAGCUGCGAGAUGAGGCCACAGCAGCCGCCUGUUGCCAGCAAAGUCUUCAUCCAAAGGGACUACAGCAGUGGCACUAAGUGCCAGUUCCAGACCAAAUUCCCCCCAGAGUUGGAAAAUCGGAUUGACAGGCAGCAGUUUGAAGAAACUGUGCGGACCCUGAAUAACCUUUACGCUGAAGCAGAGAAACUUGGGAGCCAGUCCUACCUGGAAGGGUGCUUGGCUUGCUUGACGGCCUACACUAUAUUUCUGUGCAUGGAGACACAUUAUGAGAAGGUUCUAAAGAAAAUUGCCAAGUACAUUCAGGAGCAAAACGAGAAGAUCUACGCUCCGCAAGGCCUCCUCUUGACUGACCCCAUUGAGCGGGGACUAAGAGUUGUUGAAAUUACCAUUUACGAAGACAGAGGUGUGAGCAGUGGAAGAUAAACCUUUGAUGUCAGAGGGACCAGCGAACUUGUUUUCCGCUCGUUUUCUUUCUUCUGUCCUAGCACCCUUUCCUCCGCUUCCCUGAACUCCGCAGUGCCAUUUACACAAGGAGUAACUUUUCAGACUCCUGUUCUUUCGUGGGGGAAUCCCAGCCCAGCUGGGCAGCCAUCCGUCUUGCUUUGUUCUGCCGGAAGCUCCAGCGUCCCCUCAGGUGGCUAGUUCCUUUGGCCCGGUCGAGCCAUCACGGACAACAGACAUAAGACCAACCAGAAAUGACCAACUCAAGGCAGCGGGAACACUCUCGGUGGACUCUGGGCUUCUAUCAGCUUCUGGAGAAGAAAGCAACCAUGCGUUGCGUUUCCGAAAAUAAGGCGCUUCUGUGAUAAAAUAAAACCUGCUGAUUUGUCGAGAAGAGACCUCAAGCCCCCAUCUUUCCUGACUGACUCCGCUAAGAAAUCGCAAAGGGUUUUUUUGUUUUGUUUUGUUUUGUUUUUUAAUUUUUAUUGCUGACGUAUUUAGGGAAUAUGGAGCCUCUUUCUCCAGAUCAGUGUACAUUUCAUGAGAAGAAGCUAUCGGCCGCGUGUUAAAACAUGAGAAAAAACACAGCAGCCCCAAAAUACGUCAUCGUCAGCAAAAGCAUCCCUUCUCGGCUCUCCUCCCACCCUUAAAUGUUGAAUAUGUAAAUGUAGGUAAUAAAUACGGUUUUGGGGUUUUAUAGAUGUUUUAGUUUAGGGCAAACAGGUGUUAGGACAACUUAGAAACGGUGUUCGCUGCGUCAGCUAUUUCUCCUUUCCCAGAUGUCAUCUCUGCAGUACUUCUACUUGUGCUCGACAUUCCAGCGCGAUGCUUACAAAAAUACCUGGAACAUUUUACCCCUGUAUCCCCCCCAAAAAAUAUCAAAGAUUCUUUGUUCCUUCUUUUCUGUCAAAUGUGGGUUACUCUGUGUAUCACUUUGACUUUAAAACGGCAAAGUAAUUCUGCUGUGUGGAAGUUUGCUAUUCUCUCGUGACCAGGUAUUAAGGAAUUUGCCAAACAAGACCAGUUUUAAUACUGGUGGCAUAGUUUGUUUGUUUGUGUUUUUUUUUGUUUUUUCUUUGAGCAAUAGAAGAGACGCCAAUAGUGGAUCAAGGUUUUCAGGUGUAUAAUUCUUCAGUUCCUUUACUUCAUUGUUUAUCCUGUUUAAAAGUUUAAUAUUUGAAAUAUAUAUAUAGAUAUAUAUAUACACUUGUGAGUUGUUUUUUCUAAUCUGUAACAGUAUUUUGCCUUUUGCACCCAUUACGAUUGACUUUGGGAAAUAACGGCUUAGUAACCUUUUUUCUUAAAUAAAUGGUCAUUUGCUAGCACUGGUGUAAAA